AUGAACUCACAACAAUUUGAUCCGGCUACGAUGAUCGGCCUGGCCGGUGCCUCUCCCUGGAGAACAGACGACAACUUCGACAUCUUCGAAUGGUAUCCGCGCUACCAAAGCUGUCAACGCUACUUCCUGGACCAUGCACAGCACAGCGUCCCCGUCCAGGCGUUAUCCGCAUUCUUGAACAUCCGACUACCCUUCCAGCGACAACCCAGCCCGGUCCCCAACUCGAACCCAGUAUCCACCCCAUCAUCAUCGUCAUCCUCCGGCCAGACACCACCCGGACCCGCCUUCAUCUCAUUGAUUCCAUACAUACGCCGCCUAGUCGCUACGGGGAUGGAUUUCCCGGGAGUUCUGCACGGCUUUUUCGGAGACGACUGGGGCAGCGGGGUAGGACCAUUGCACGAGCAGGAGCGGCGCAAUUACCUCUUCGCCGCCAAGAGCGGAGGCUGGGCCGAAGUGAAGAAAGAAUACGACAUGGCGCCGCUGGAAACAGUCCCAUUCCUACGCCCGCUUCAAGGACCCUUGGACGCCGAGAUCGAAGCCGCCGAGCGAAGCUGGAGUGAAUGGCUCGCCAUGGAAGACUGGAUGGUGGGACCACGGGCGCCAGAUAACCUUCACGACUCGUCCUCGCAGAACUCACGACCUCGAAGCGCACGCGGGUGA